CCCAGCGUCAGGUCCUGCUGGGGACUUGCAUCUGGCCUCAAUGUGAAAUUAAGGUAGAAAAACACAUCUACAUAUGUGUUUGCUAUUAGGAUUUAGUUUAUUCACUGGUCAUGCCUGAAGAGUGAUGUUCAUCUCUAGACUGCUAACUGCCAGGAAAUAUAAAUGAUUGUCCUAGAAGUCAAGCCUCUCUCCUAUUUACUGGAGUGAAAAUCACCUCCAGAUAUCGACGGAAUAUCAACUACAGAAAAUGCUUCACGUUAUAAGGAUGCCAACCACCUAGAUUCAUGCGCCCUAUCUGUACAGUUGUUGUGGAUGGUUUGCCAUCUGAAAGCUCCUCAAGCUCUUAUCCAGGCCCUGUAUCUGUUUCUGAAAUGUCUCUGCUACAUGCUUUGGGUCCAGUGCAGACCUGGCUGGGACAAGAGCUAGAGAAGUGUGGCAUUGAUGCCAUGAUUUAUACUCGGUAUGUCCUCAGUCUUCUGCUGCAUGAUAGCUAUGACUACGACCUGCAGGAACAGGAGAAUGACAUCUUCCUGGGCUGGGAAAAGGGAGCUUACAAGAAAUGGGGAAAGAGUAAGAAAAAGUGCUCUGAUCUAACACUAGAGGAAAUGAAAAAACAGGCUGCUGUCCAGUGUCUUCGCUCUGCUUCUGAUGAAAGCUCUGGGAUUGAAACGCUAGUGGAGGAGCUUUGCUCCAGGCUGAAAGACCUUCAGAGUAAGCAAGAGGAGAAGAUUCACAAAAAGUUAGAAGGCUCUUUGUCUCCCGAGACUGAUUUAUCUCCCACAGCAAAGGAUCAAGUAGAAAUGUACUAUGAAGCAUUUCCUCCUCUUUCUGAAAAGCCAGUUUGCCUGCAGGAAAUUAUGACUGUAUGGAAUAAAUCCAAAGUAUGCUCUUACUCUAGCUCCUCAUCUUCGUCCACUGUUCCACCAACUAGCACAGAUACAUCUUCUCCAAAGGACUGCAACAGUGAAAGUGAAGUAACUAAAGACAGAAGUAAUAAAGUAUCUGCCACUGUACAGGAAAGAACCCAGCAGAAGAAAAGUAAAAAUGAGAAAGAAAACAAGUUUAGUAACAACACUGUUGAAGAGAAGCCUGUUUUAUACAAAAAGCAAGUCCGACAUAAGUCUGAGGGAAAGAUGCGUCCUCGCUCUUGGUCAUCUGGAUCCAGUGAGGCUGGCUCAAGUUCUAGUGGUAAUCAAGGUGAAUACAAGGCAUCAAUGAAGUGUAUUAAAGUAAGACACAAAACAAGAGAGGUUCGAAAUAAAAAAGGGCGUAAUGGGCAAAGCAGGCUUUCAGUGAAAUCUGGUGAAAAGGCUGAUAGAAAAGUCCACAGCGGAAGCAGUAGCAGCAGUAGCAGCGGGUCCAUCAAACAGCUGUGCAAAAGAGGUAAAAGGCCAUUAAAAGAAAUUGGAAGAAAAGAAGCUGGUAGUAGCGAUGGGAAAGAUUUGUAUUUAGACAGCAGAAAUGAAAAGGAAUAUAAAGAAGAACCCUUGUGGUAUACUGAGCCGAUUACAGAGUACUUUGUUCCUCUUAGCAGAAAAAGCAAGCUGGAGACUACAUACCGCAACAGAGAAGAUAUAUGUGGCGUAACAUCAGAGGCUGUAGAAGAGUUGUCUGAAUCAGUGCAUGGUCUUUGUAUUAGCAACAAUAAUAUUCAUAAAACAUACCUCGCAGCAGGUACUUUCAUCGAUGGUCACUUUGUAGAAAUGCCUGCAGUUCUAAAUGAGGAUAUUGACCUCGCUGGGACCUCAAUAUGUUCUCAACCAGAGGACGACAAAUAUUUAGAUGAUGUUCAUCUGUCAGAACUAACACACUUCUAUGAAGUGGAUAUUGAUCAAUCCAUGUUGGAUCCUGGUGCCUCAGAUACGAUGCAAGGGGAGAGUCGGAUUUUAAAUAUGAUUCGACAAAAGAGUAAAGAAAAAACUGAUUUUGAGGCAGAAUGUUGCAUAGUGUUAGAUGGAAUGGAGUUGCAAGGGGAAAGUGCAAUAUGGACAGAUUCGACCAGCUCUGUUGGUGCUGAAGGGUGGUUCUUGCAAGACCUUAGUAAUUUAGCUCAGUUUUGGGAGUGCUGUUCAUCUUCUAGUUCUGGUGAUGCAGAUGGGGAAAGUUUUGGAGGAGAUUCUCCAAUCAGAUUCUCCCCCGUCUUAGACAGCACAAUGCUUAAUUCACACAUGCUUGCUGGCAAUCAAGAGCUCUUUUCAGAUAUUAAUGAAGGGUCUGGUAUAAACUCUUGUUUUUCAGUGUUUGAAGUGCAAUGCAGUAACUCUGUUUUACCAUUUUCUUUUGAAACACUCAACUUGGGAAAUGAAAAUGCAGAUUCUAGUAGCACUGCUAAUAUUCUUGGGAAAACACAGUCUAGAUUGCUAAUAUGGACCAAAAAUAGUGCCUUUGAUGAAAAUGAACACUGUUCCAAUCUUUCAACAAGAACCUGUAGUCCAUGGUCACACUCGGAAGAAACACGUUCAGACAAUGAGACUUUAAAUAUUCCAUAUGAAGAAUCCACGCAAUUUAAUGCAGAAGAUAUUAAUUAUGUAGUUCCUAGAGUGUCUUCGAGUUAUGUAGAUGAAGAAAUUCUAGAUUUUUUGCCAGAAGAAUCCUGCCAGCAACAAGCUAGAACUUUAGGAGAAAUGCCCACUUUGAUUUUCAAAAAAAAAUCUAAGCUAGAAUCUGUCUGUGGUAUUCAGCUAGAACAAAAAGCAGAAAGUAAAGACUAUGAAACUACACAAGGGUGUAGUGAAAGCAGUCCACAUGGAGAUGGCUACAGCUCAGGGGUUAUUAAAGAUAUUUGGACAAAUAUGACAGACAGAAAUUCUGCAGCAAUGGUAGAAAUAGAAGGAAUAGAAGAUGAAUUGUUUUCAACUGAUGUAAAUAACUAUUGUUGCUGUUUGGAUACAGAAGCAAAAGCUGAAACCCUCCAGGAGCCCAAUAAAGCAGUGCAGAGAUCAGAGUAUCAUCUUUGGGAAGGUCAAAAGGAAAAUUUAGAGAAGAGAGCCUUUGUCUCAAAUGAUUUAUCAAAAGUAGAUGGUGGUGAUUAUACUACACCAUCAAAACCUUGGGAUGUUAACCAGGAUAAGGAAAACUCAUUUAUACUUGGUGGUGUGUAUGGGGAGCUCAAAACAUUUAACAGUGAUGGAGAAUGGGCAGUGGUGCCACCUAGUCACUCAAAAGGGAGCUUAUUACAAUGUGCAGCUUCUGAUGUAGUGACAAUAGCUGGUACAGAUGUUUUUAUGACUCCAGGUAAUAGCUUUGCCCCUGGUCAUAGGCAAUUAUGGAGGCCAUUUGUAUCAUUUGAGCAGAAUGAGCAAUCAAAGAGUGGAGAUAAUGGAUUAAAUAAGGGGUUUUCUUUUAUCUUCCAUGAAGACUUACUGGGAGCUUGUGGUAACUUUCAAGUUGAAGAACCAGGGCUUGAAUACUCAUUCUCUUCCUUUGACCUGAACAAUCCAUUUUCACAAGUUCUUCACGUAGAGUGUUCGUUUGAGCCAGAAGGAAUUGCAUCUUUCAGCCCUAGUUUUAAACCGAAGUCAAUUCUGUGCUCUGAUUCAGACAGUGAGGUUUUACACCCCAGGAUAUGUGGUGUUGAUCGAACACAGUACAGGGCUAUACGGAUUUCUCCAAGGACUCACUUUCGCCCAAUUUCUGCAUCUGAACUUUCUCCAGGUGGUGGAAGUGAGUCAGAAUUUGAGUCAGAAAAAGAUGAGGGAGGUAUUGCUGUCCCUUCUCAAGCAGAUGUAUUUGAGGAUCCACAAGCAGAUCUCAAACCUCUGGAAGAAGAUGCAGAAAAAGAAGGGCAUUAUUAUGGAAAAUCAGAGCUUGAAUCUGGAAAAUUCCUUCCCAGAUUAAAAAAGUCUGGAAUGGAGAAGAGUGCACAAACAUCAUUGGAUUCUCAAGAAGAGUCGGCUGGGAUGUUGCCAGUAGGAAACAAAGAUCCCUGUUUAGAAUGCAGUAUGAAAGAAUCUCUAGAUGGGAGGGCGAUGGAGAGCUCUAAAGUAAACUGCAGAAUAGUGGAGCCACGUGAGGAGACUGGCAGGUUUUGCAGUUGUAAAGCAGGGUGCCAUUUCCCCACGUACGAGGAUAAUCCUGUUUCUUCAGGAGAGCUUGAAGAGAGAAUGAGUGGCAGCCAGGAAAAGCAAUGCUGGUGGGAAAAGGCGCUCUAUUCUCCCCUUUUUCCUGCAUCACAGUGUGAAGAGUGUUAUACAAAUGCCAAGGGAGAGAAUGGUGUAGGAGAAUUUGCAGAUGUAAAGGAAAUAUCCAAUGAUGAUGAACAUCUUUUAGAUUUUAAUAUGGUUUCUUCUGUUUAUGAAGCAAGAUGUGCAGAUGAUAUAAAUGCUGAAGCAAAACCAAAUGGCUUCAGGAAGAAGAUCUACUCCAGCGAUAGCUCCAGCUCUGAAGACACAGCUUCAGAAGGUGGAAGUGAAUGGGCCGAUCCGUGUGAGGAGGAGCUUUUUUCUCGAACUCAACUAUAAAAACUGCAGAGUAGAACAGAUGAUUUAAAAGUAACAUGAGAUGGAAAACUAUCCUUCUUGAGGGUCUGUAGCUCUAAAACAACAACUUGAGUUUCCUCUUCAGUUAAUGGAUUCAGAUGUGUAUUUAUCUUUCUCUUCUUGCUUAUUUUAUAGAUGAGGACACAGCUGUCCUGUUGAAGAUUCCC